AUGGUUCGUAUUGGCAAUAAAGAGGUACCUGAAAAUAAAAACAUUCGGGUGGCUUUAAGUUAUAUUUAUGGAUUGGGGAAAAGUUUUGGUCCAGUUUCCCCCUCCCGGCAAAUUCUAGAAGAGUUAAAUAUUAAUCCUUUUGUUAAGGUUCGUGAUUUAUCUGCUGAACAAAUUAACCUGAUUAGUCAACGGGUAAAAAAAGUUCCCACGGAGGGGGAAUUAAAAGAAAAAGUCCAAAAAAAUAUUAGUGCUCAAAUUCGCCUUGGCACUUAUCAGGGUUUAAGGCGUUCCCGUAAACCCAAUCCUUUACCAAUUCACGGGCAGCGGACCCGGCAUAAUGCCCGCACCGCCAAAG